GCCACCAACCUGCAGCAGAAAGUUGAUCCAACCGCAGCCUCAUCAUCAUCAUCAUCAUCAUCAUCAUCCAUCCCACUUUUCCAAAGACACAACGACGUCGCGAGGUGACCACUGCGCACCCACAGAGUCCUAAAAGUUUUGCGUGGCGCCAAAGUGCUCCAAUGUCCUCUCCGAGCGCAGCACGCGUCCCACACAAGAGGAAGACCAAGAUGAAGCACUUCGUGCAGCAGAAAGUGGAGGUGUUCCGCGCCGGGGAGCCCGUGUCGAGUGUGCUCAUGUGGGGAGUCAAUCACUCGAUCAACGACCUGAGCCAGGUGCCCGUGCCUGUCAUGUUGCUUCCAGAUGACUUCCGAGCCAGUACCAAGGUCAAAGUCAACCACCACCUCUUCAACAAAGAGAAUCUCCCAGGACAAUUUAAAUUCAAAGAGUAUUGUCCGCAAGUUUUCAGGAACCUACGUGAGCGCUUUGGCAUUGAGGACCAGGAUUACCAGGUGUCUCUGGCUCGCAGUCCGCCGCUCAAAGACGGAGAGGGAACAUGUGAGGGCCUGCUGCUUGCGUCAUAUGACCGCACUUUGGUGGUCAAAGAAAUCUCCAGUGAGGAGGUGGCGGAAAUGCACAACAUCCUUUCUGAGUAUCACCAGCAUGUUGUCACCUGUCACGGUUCUACACUGCUCCCUCAGUUCCUGGCCAUGUACAGAGUCACAGUGGAGAGUGAGGACACCUACAUGUUGGUCAUGAGGAACAUGUUCAGUCACAGACUACAAGUACACAGGAAGUAUGACCUCAAGGGCUCCCUGGUGUCUCGAGAAGCAACUUUUAAAGAGAAGGUCAAGGAGCUUCCCACCUAUAAGGACAUAGACUUCAUGAACAACAUGCAAAAGAUUUACGUGUGUGACCAGGAGAAGGAGAACGUCACGGACAAACUUAACAGAGAUCUUGAGUUCCUGGUGCGUAUGAGGAUUAUGGACUACAGCCUCCUGCUGGGUAUCCAUGAUGUGGAGAGGGCUGAGAGGGAGGAAAAGGAACUGGAGAUGGAGUUGUCUGAUGGCGAAGAAGAGCAAGAUGAAAGCAGCCAAUCUGUGGUUCCAGGCUCCACCUCACCUGAAGGCAUAGCUGGCUACAUGAACUCCUUCAAGCCCAUGGGCCCUGGGGAGUUCGACCCUUACGUGGAUGUGUACGCUAUCGAGAGCGCUUUAGGCGCACCGCGGAGGGAAGUGUAUUUCAUGGGUCUGAUUGAUGUGCUUACGCAGUACGACACCAAGAAGAAAGCGGCUCAUGCUGCCAAGGCUGUCAAACGCGGGGCAGGAGCAGAAAUCUCGACAGUUCAUCCAGAGCAGUAUGCCACGCGUUUCAGGGAGUUCAUCACUAAGAUAUUUGCCUAGCAGAACAAAGAGCCAUUAUGUUUUCACCCAUACAGGAUGGAGAAUGCAAUCCUUAAAAAGGUCUUAAAUUCGAUUUUCCAAAAUUAAUUGAAACUUAAUCCUUAAAUCUGCUGUUCAAAUGUUUUCAAAAUGCAGCACACACAAAGAAUGUUGUCUAUAUUUUCUUUUUGAAAACACUUUGGACUAUUUGUAGUUAGAGUUUUUAAAUUAAAUCAGGAAACAAAAUAUGGUCUACAUAGUCUUUUAUUAUAUUAUCCCAUAGUUUCUGUGAUUUUUAUGACUUCAAUAGUUCUUUGUUCUUGUGUGACUUUUUCAAAUGUACCUAGUAGCUUAAUUGGUUUUUCCUCCCUUCUCAGUGUCUCUAUCCGCCUCCCCGUUCUCUCAUGGACAAGAUAACUGUGUGAAUAGGCCUUUCUUCCUUCACUCCCUCCCAUUUUAGUUUUAGUUUGUUCUGUGGGUUUCUUCUUCCGUGUUCUUCAGAGACGGGGAGAAGCACGAAGCAACUGCAGGUUCCUCUCUGGUCUGUCUCUCUCUUUGCAAAGAUUUCAUUAAAAUGACAAAAGGCAAGAUUGUUCCCUGAUUCAAUUCCAAAACAAACUUGGUGUCAGAAGUGGGAUCUCAGGAUCGACUGUCAGACCAGGGACCGGGCGGAGACCGAUCAUCCAAGACAAGU